AUUCACCGCAACCGCUGGCCUGGACCAGUCCGUUCAGCGGGUGUUGGAAUCACAAUAGGUCCUGCGCGUGUCAACCCAGCCGGUCAUCUUCUUCAUCCGCCAGGAGUGCGUGUCCUGCGUCAGGCAUAGGGCACCAUGGGGUUAUUCCGGCCGUCCGCAGCGAGGAUACGCCAGGGCAUGGAUGACAUCUGGGUGAGCCCUGACUCGUUCAUUGCAGGUACAGACGACCUCCCGACAUCAUCAAAUCCCCCAAUACUAUGGAUGGCAUACGAUGGCAUCACAUCCCUCGACCGCCCCAGUAUGACGUCUCGCCAAGCCCGCCUGCUCGAUCGCCACCAGCAGGCUGGGUGGUCUGGUCACUGGCACCCACGCUGCAGGUCAUCGGACGAUCCGAAGUACACACACAGUCUCUCCGGCUGCAGAAUGUGAAGAGACCGUGGCGCCGAUCGGCCGCUGAAGUGCUGAACAGCAUUGCAACUCCUGAAACACCCGCCCCGAAUAAGCUUUUCCGCGCCAAGCCAGCCCCCUAUUCCAUCCCAUCACCACCAUCUCCAGUCCUGAGGCCAAGAACUCAAGAAGAGACCGAAUUGCAUUCCAAUCGAUCGAAGAGGUCCUCUAGUGCGAUAAGGAGCAACAUGGGGAUGUUCCGACCGGUGGAAAGACACGGGGCCAGGGGCAGAUCGGGAUGAGAGGGAAUAAUGGCGGUCCGGAUAGCCCGGACCGACACAGAUUGGAACAUGGAACCGGCAAGACAUCAUCCAGUCUGCACUCUGUC